UGGUUGUGGUGGUUUUAAAAAUCUGUGCUUUGCUCACUUUGCUUUGUUGUGGUUGUGUUUGCAAAUAUAAAUAAUAGAUAUUAUUAGGUUCCUUAAUGCUGUUUUUGCAGUACAAAUAGUAAUAAAGUAAUUUAAAACGAUGGAUCAAGCAGCAGCAUUUAUUUUUAAUGAGCUUCUGCUCAACAGUAGUUCUGAAGAGUCAGGGGAUGAUGAUGAAGAGGAAGGAGCUGACCCACCCCAUGAGAUAAGAAGAGGACCCCAAGUUUUACGACCAAGAAUAACAAACUUAGUCUCAGAAAUAGUUGCUAGGUACUCAGACAACGAAUUUAGAGAACAUUUUAAGAUGUUUCGGCCUACAUUUGAUCACAUCCUUACCUUAAUUGAACCUCAAUUGACCCACCAGCAAGGAAGAGGUCGUCAUCCAGUAACACCAAAAAAUCAGUUGCUUUUUACAAUAUGGUAUUUGGCAACCCCUGACUCAUAUAGUUUUGUUUUAUUUUUAGGUCCAUUUGCAGUCGUUUUAAUAUAGGGAAAGCAACUAGUUUAAGAGUGGUUCGACGAGUAACAGAACUUCUCAUAGGCUUAGCUCCAACAUUUAUAAGAUGGCCAGUGGCCAAUACACUCCAUACCAUCAAAAAUUCUUUUCUACAAAUGGGUUUCCCUAAUACUAUAGGUUGCAUAGAUGGAUGCUAUAUACCCAUACCUACUCCAACAGAGUGUGUGAUAAUAAGAUGAUGUUCACUCACUGUUAUGUCGGAGAGGUCGGUUCAACCCAUGAUGCCAAUGUUUUAAAGAGAAGUGAAGUAUUUCAAUACCUCACUCGGCUUCAAGAGGAAAAAUUUCCUGAAAACACUCAUUUAGUAGGAGACAAAGCAUAUCCCUGUUUGCCCACAUUGAUUGAUUUCAUUUGUCAUUUGUCAAUUGUCAUUUUAUUUUUGGGAUUAGAAAAAUAUAAACAAAUAAAAAAGUGGUAAGCGUAUGAGUUUUAUUUUAAAAUAUUCAACGAAUUUGUCUUUUUUUUUUGCAAGUAUGAGUCGAGAAUAAAUCUUUAUUUUUUAUUUGGGGGAUUUUAGUUGACAAACAGUGAUUUUUGGGGUAUUUUUGAAAUCCUUUGGGGGAAAUUAGUUAUAACCAUCUGGCAACCCUGCAUGCGGUUAUGAUGAUGAUGCUAGCUAUGGAUUUCAAUGUUAUGUUGUUUGUUUGAGAAAGGUGUUUGAAAAGCUUCUCGUUUUCCUCAACAAUUGAACAAAAUCAAUAUGGAAUUUAGUUUGGAAGAACGCAAGAAACAAUUAAAAAGCUUAAAACAGUUUAUCCAAGCCUCGGAAACCAGUGUAAAUGCAGUUUUUAAAUCUGUCGGCUGGACGAUUCCAAAAACUUCACAGGAUAAACCCAAAGUAAUUUGUCCUUUCAACAAACACCAUAGUGUCUCACAAGAGACCCUACAAAAACAUUUGGACGAAUGCUCCCUAAAUUCAGCAGGCUAUCAGGAAAAAGAAUUGCUCCUUCCUGAACUAGAUGAGACCGAAUAUAGCAUUAAAUUAACAAGAGAAAAAAAGAUUGAAGCUUUGACAGUAGCCAAAGCAAAACACUCUGAUUUUAAAAUUGUUUGGAAUGGUCGAGAUCCAGACCCAAUGUCAUCGGAUCGUCUAAUCAGCACCUAUUCGCCUGAUGAAAGAUUAGCUUUGUAUGAUUACACCAUCAAACAUACUAAAGCACCUCCUAAACCAGAUGAAUUUACAUUAGAGCUUCCCGAUAAAAAAGAAAAGAAAGGUCAAUCCGAAAAAGACAGGCUAACAAAUGAACGUGACUCCAAGCGUAGAAGUGUGAAAUAUAAAUCUACACAUACAAGCAAAAAAAGUCAAACUGAAAUUAUGAAGGAAGUAAUUGACAAUCAAAUGGAAUUGUAUAAAGAUUGGGUCAAACAAAAGGAAGAACAAGAAAAGAGGGAGAAAGAAGAACUAGAAAAAAUAGCAAAAGAAAAAAUUAGGAAACAAGCUAAACAAUAUCAACCUAUUGCAAAUACAUAUGAUAAAAAUUUAAAAGUUGAGAAUCAAUGGAGUGCAGCUUAUACUAAUAACUACAAUCAAGGUGUUAUAACGGACUGGAGUCACUUGUACCAAGCUGGUUCUGAUUUAUAUGGAAAUUCCGGACAAUAUGCAGAACAAAGUGGAUGUUCGCAGCCAAACAAUUCAAUAGAUCCAAUGGCAUCGUAUACAGAUACUUCGCAAUUUACUAAUUACUAUGGAGCAACAUCUAGUGACAUUUAUGGAAAUAUAGGAAAACCAGAAGAUUAUUAUUUGGGAGAAAAUAGUCAAAUUGCGGAAGAAGAUCAAUUAUUGGUGGGUGAUACAAAUUAUAAAAAAACUAAAGAACCACUUCAUUCACGUGACAGAAGAAAAUAAUACAUGCCAGUAUUAAAUUUUAAUUGCGACAAAUUUUUGCUUAAAUCAGAUAAAAGUAAAUAAAACCAGUACAU